UUUUCUCUUCCUUUCAGCUCCACGGAAGUAGAUGACAUGAUUCGGAAAUCGACCAAUUUGUUGUUGACUCGGACCCUGAGCAGCUGCUUCCAGAACGCCAUUCGGAAGAAGAACAUCGGCCUGACCGAGCUGGUGCAGAUAAUUAUCAACACUACACAUUUGGAAAGAUCCUGCCGAUUCCUAGAAGAAUUCAUAACCAACAUCACCAACGUUCUCCCAGAAACCGUUCACACGACGAAGCUUUAUGGAACGGCCACUUUCAAGGACGGCCGCCACGCUGCAGAGGAGGAGAUCUACACUAACUUGAACCAAAAGAUUGACCAGUUCUUGCAACUUGCAGAUUAUGACUGGAUGGCCGCGGAAGCCCCUCCCAAGGCCAGUGACUACCUGGUGGACCUCAUUGCUUUCUUACGCAGCACCUUUGCUGUCUUCACACACCUGCCUGAGCUGAGCGUGAAGCAGAGGUUAUGCCAGGUUGGAGUGCCGGUGGGAUAG